AUGACAGCUAAGAUCCAAUUCAUCUNNNNCAAUCAUGCAAGCUCAGCGGCUAGCCAAUAUCCCAAAUGUCCGUCAGAGGCUCUCUCCCAGCCUGCAUGCCAAACUGAAUGCAUCAAUGAGUCAUACAAGACCAGCCUGCAGCAAGAUCUUCACCGUGCUAAGAGCUGGGGCCGUCUACCAACAUCUCCUCAGAAGAUCAAGCAAGAGAUAUUCGAUAAUGGAACCGUUCUCGGGGUGAUUUCUAUGUAUGAGGAUUUCCGACUCUACAAGUCUGGUGUCUACGUGCACACAACUGGUGGCCUCGUGGGUGUUCAUAGUCUUAAAAUUAUUGGUUGGGGAGUUGAGUCCGGGCAAGAUUAUUGGUUGGCGGUGAACUCUUGGAAUGAGGAAUGGGGUGAUCAUGGUAUGAUAAAGCUUGCAGUGGGGGAAACUGGUAUAGAGAACAGUAUAUAUUACGUCGAGCCAGUUUAG